AUGGCUCCUCAGCAGCAGCAUUCGGGUGCGUCGCCAGACCCAUCUGCGCCUUCGAGGACGGUGUAUUUGGGGAAUCUUCCCAAUGAUGUUGAACCUAAUGAGUUGUUGGACUACGUGAGAAGUGGCAUCUUGGAAAACGUGAAAAUCUUGCCUUCCAAAAAUUGCGCAUUUAUCUCGUUCAUCGACCUGCAGUCGGCAUUAUUGUUCCACUCCGACUGUAUCUUAAAGAAGUUGAGCAUCAAGGGGAAUGACAUCCGUGUUGGCUGGGGCAAAAACACCCCGAUUCUUCCUGCGAUAAAGGACGCUAUUCAGAAAGAUGGGGCCACCCGGAACGUCUACUUGGGAAACUUGCAUAACCCAGCAACAGACGAGAUGAUCACGGAAGACGAAUUAAGAGCGGACUUGUCCAGCUACGGUGUCAUUGAUUGCAUCAAAAUCAUCCACGAAAAAGGAAUUGCAUUCAUUCACUUCUUGUCAAUCUUGAGCGCCAUUCGAUGUGUGUCUAAUUUGCCUUUGGAGGAAAAAUACUUGGAUAAGAAAUGCUUCUACGGCAAAGACAGAUGUGCUUUCAUCACGAAAACACAGCAGCACAAUGCUGCCCAAUAUUUAGGUCUUGCACCGGGCAUGGAACACGUUGUCACUGCUGCCGACAGAGAGUUUAUAUCUUCGGCCUUGGUACAACAAUCUGCUGCCGCUGCGCAAAUUGCGACGCAAGCCGGGGGUGCCAACAACUUGGGAAACAGAACUGUAUAUCUUGGAAACUUGCACCAAGAAUCUUCUGUUGAGGAAAUCUGCAACGUUGUGCGUGGCGGUCUCUUGCAAAGCAUCAGGUUUUUGAAAGAAAGACACGUCUGCUUCAUCACGUUCAUUGACCCAAUCGCUGCCGCACAAUUUUUCGCCAUGUGUCAGUUACAUGGCUUGACUAUUCACAACAGGCGGAUCAAGGUUGGCUGGGGAAAACAUUCUGGCCCAUUGUCCAAUGCCUUGUCGUUGGCUGUGUCGAACGGCGCCUCGCGGAACAUCUACAUCGGCAACAUUAACGACUUCGCUUACUUCAAUGCCCAGAAGUUGAGAGACGAUUUCUCGACCUUCGGCGAGAUUGAACAGAUCAACUACCUCGAGGCAAAAAACUGCGCUUUCAUCAAUUUUGUGAACAUUGCGAACGCCAUCAAGGCCAUCGACGGAAUCAAGUCGUUCAAGGACUACAAGACAUUGAAGAUCAACUUUGGUAAGGACAGAUGUGGCAAUUUGCCCAGGCAGUUCCAAAACCAAGCGCAAAACUUGGUGGCCGAAUCGCUUGACACACGUCAAUUUGGCAAUGUGAACCAGGCGCAAUUCAGCCGGGGGACGUCUGCGUCGCCUGACCGCGAAUACAGAGAGUAA